AUGAGUCGCCCUCUCCUGCUGAAGCUGCGCUCCUCGCAAAUGUUCAUUGUCGCAACGGUCUCGCUGUCCCUGUUUACGCACAUGUUCCUCUAUGGAAUGAUUGUUCCUGUCAUGCCAGUGGCUCUGAUCAUCCGCACCAACAUACCACCCCAGGACCGUGAAUUCUGGAACAGCGUUCUGUUUAUCUCAGAAGCCGGCGCCAGCGUUGUCAGCGCUCCCGUCUUUGGCUACCUUCUCGACCGGUCGAAUACGCGUCAAGGUCUAUACAUUUUCGGGCUCUUCAUGCUGCUAGUGUCAAUGGGUCUACUGACGGCUGCCUUCUCAAUCACCGUCUAUGUCGCCGCAAGGGUACUUCAAGGCUCAGCUUCAGCCAUGGUCAGUGUGGCAGGCUUCAGUAUUGUGACCGAUACCGUCACCAAAGCACAUUUGGGCUAUAUGCUUGGGUAUAUUGACGUCGGCCUUACACUAGGGUUUGCUUCUGGUCCUCUUAUUGGCGGAAUAGUCUAUCAUGCUGGAGGUUACUAUGCGGUUUGUGGCAUAGCCUUUGGGCUGAUUGCCAUUGAUCUUGUAUUGCGAUUAGCGGUUAUUGAAAAAAAGACAGCAGCGUUCUGGCUUACUCUGGAGGUCGAAGCUAGUUCUGCCCCCGUCUUCCCGAACUUGGCAUCGCAAUAUGGAGCCAUUGAGCCACGCGGUGAGGACGAAGACGAAAUCGAGAAGAAAGGACUUUUCCUAUUCGGGAAGCUUCUCCAGCAGCCUCGGAUCUUGAUCUGCACAUGGACUUUUGUCCUGCAGUCGAUCUACAAUGCUGUACUGGAUACCGUCAUUCCUAUUUUCGUGAUGGAUAGAUUCCAUUGGAGCACUUCUGGCGCUGGGAUGGUCUUCCUACCAAUUUUCGUGACCGUUUUAGUGCAGCCAUUAUCUGGUUAUCUUUCCGAUCGAGUAGGUACACGAGCUGUUGCCACCACCGGAUUCUUACUCCUCGCUCCAACCUUGAUUUGUCUGCGAUUCGUGGAGCAUAACACAAUGGGACACAAGGUUGCUUUGUGCGGGUUGCUGGCUCUUUUCGGCCUGUUCAAUAAUGGAACUUCACCGUGCCUCAUGGUAGAGAUGCACAAGGUAGUAGAUGAACUCGAGGUAACCAACCCCGAGGUUUUCAAGAGAAGCGGUGCUAUAGCGCAGACCUUUAGUUUGCAGCAGAUGGCACAAUUUACUGGAAUGACAGUUGGCCCGAUGAUUGGGGGUUUGACCGAUCAUCGCUAUGGGUGGAAAACAAUGACUUUGUGUCUGGGUUUGUUGUCCGCGAUCACGGCUAUACCAACCCUCUGGAUGUCAGGAAGGGAAGCGACAGGGGAAUUACCGAAGAACGACCAAGAGAAUGAGCCUCUACUGGCGGAGUGA